AUAGCGGUAAUUGAAUGCAGACACGAAUGCGCCGGUCGUAAGGGAAAGGACAGCGUAUACUGCGCUUGCAAUGCUACCUAUUGCGAUGACCUAGAUCCUAUUACCAAACAACCCGUUGGCACUAUACUGUCUUACCAGACCAGUCAAAGCGGGGACCGAUUCAAAGAAUCCCAGUUAAAGUUUACCAAACAAAGUGACCAUGAUAAUGAGGAUCGUAUCACACUGACCCUGGACAAAAGCAAAAAGUUCCAGAAAAUUUUUGGUAUAGGUGCAGCGUUUACCGAUGCAGCCGCUAUUAAUAUUGGCAGUUUGAACAAGGACAUGUCCGAUAGGGUUAUCAAGGACUAUUUCUCAGCAUCUGGUAUUGGGUUCAGUAUGGCUCGUAUACCUAUAGCCGGUACCGAUUACUCAACACAUUUAUAUACCUACGAUGAUACAAAGGAUGACUAUUCACUUGAACAUUUUACCAUGCCCGAUGAGGAUAUUAAAUACAAGAUUCCGCAAAUUAAACUAGCUAAAGAGGUGGCUCAACAUGGCCUCAAACUCAUGGGGAGUCCCUGGAAUACACCGAAAUGGCUCAAUGACAAAGAGUUAUUAAAAACUCACCCUGAUAAACAAUAUGAAACAUGGGCUAAUUAUUUUAUCAAAUUCCUUGACGGAUACAAAAAGCAUGGCAUUGAGUUAUGGGGACUGACCAUGCAAAAUGAGCCAAUGUCAUUUAGUUCAAUGCAGUUCUUAAACGCAUCUAUUGAACGCGACUUUGUGAAAAAGCACCUUGGUCCCGCAUUGACUAAGGCUGGCUAUACAAAGGAUAAAAUGAACUUGAUGGUCUACGAUGAUGGCAGUGCUCAAAAUCCAAUGAUCGAAUACGUGGACACGUGUCUCAGUGACCAUGAUGCUGCUAAAUAUUUUACAGGCAUUGCAUUUCAUUGUUAUCUGCCCAAUAGGUAUGCCAGUGUUGAUGCAUUGCACGAAAAGUACCCUGAUGCAUUUACAAUGAUGACUGAAUGUAAUCAAAACUCUCGCCACAAUACCGACCCCUUCACACCGGCCACUCUGGGCGACUGGGGACAGGCUACUGAUUAUGCCAAUCAGAUUGUCGAUACUUUUCAUCACUGGGUAAGUGGUUGGAUUGCAUGGAAUUUGGCCCUGGACACAUUUGGUCACCCUAACAAGGAUUUGAAAAUGUCUGACCCACCCCUGGUCAUUGAUGCUAAAAACGAGGAAUAUUUCAAGAAUCCCAAUUUCUAUGCCAUCGGGCACUUUAGCAAGUUUGUAGCACCCGACUCAGUUAGGGUUGAGCUGACAGCCAGUAAAACUCCGGGAAGUUUCAGGUUUAUUGCUUUUGAAAGUCCUGAUAAUUCAAUGGUUAUUGCCUUGGUCAAUAGUGGUGCCGUCCCUCAUGAUGUAACCAUCAAUGAUCCAACUCAUGGCAAAGUUGACGUGCAUGUUCCCGGACAGUCUAUUCAGUCGUAUAUUUAUUGGAAU